CAUCGGCUUUCACCGAGCUAUGUAACUUCUAAUACCAUGCCUUUCCUUCUGCACUCCGAUGCUGCUGGUUUAUGUGCAUUGCAAUAAUGCGUAUUCACAUGAAAGUAAGCCACAUAUGGAAUGCAAACGGAACUCAGAUGAUGAAAUGACUCAUGGCAAAAAACUUGUUAUAUAAUAAGUAUCAGAAGAGAAAGUCUAAUGCCCACGAGGCGACGAGAAUUUUUUUAAAUCAGCGACAUACACAUUGCGAAGAAAUUAAAACAAAUCCGAUUGAUUACACUCAUUGAUUUGAGAAUAUUAUUCCUAGUUUCAGAUUCCUAGCAAAAAUUAAAUAGUUUAACCAAGUGCACGAAACUACUUGUUUAUUAUUGCAGCAUCGUGUGUAAAAAUAUUGGUUGUUUCCGGCAACAAACCCCUACUUGACGCAUGAUAUUCUUAUGAGACCGGUGUAAAGAAAGCAGGUUACUAGUCAAAUAUCUGGCUGAGAUGUUUCUCGAAUGUCUCUCGAGUAAAGGAAUCCGGCUCGCAUAUGCCAGAUUCACAUGAGCUCUGGCCAAGAAGUGUGUGCAUGUGUGUGUGGAGAGAAGAGACUGAUACGGACUGUUACCACUUUCACCUGCCAUUCGGAGCAGGAAUUUCCAACCCCCCCCUCAAAAAAAGAGCAAAAAAUUCACGCCUUAUAAGAUACUGAAAUAGUCUUAUCGUUAUCUCGCAUCCCAUCUUCACCGACCCUUAUUGACAUCCACACACAAACGAGACUGCGGAAAUAAACGAAUUGUGCAAUCGGUCAGUUGCAAUCGCACCUUGACAGACGACAAAAUAUAGAACACCAUGUACUUGUGCAGUUUCACAAAUUUAUAAAAAGUGAAAUGUAUACAAAAUUUUCACAUAAAUCGCAGAAACAUUUAUCGUUGUCAUCAUGUUGGAAAUUGAAUAUACUUAUUUCUCAGUGUAACGGAAUUGAGGGUGAAGAGUUAGCACAUCGCCCCAUAAGGGAAGAGAUUGUGAAAUGUCGAGAUCUCUUUGGAGUACUGCAUCAUGUUGGUUAAAAAUAACGGCGUAUUUCAUUAUCCUAACGACAAGGGUGAAAUCUGUCAGGGGUGGAUUCGCUUGCCUGGAGUCUCCCUGUUUUCAUGGAAUAUGUAUUGACUAUUUGGACACCAACAGAAGUGAUACAUUCUGGUUAAAUGAGGAUGAAGCCCUAGUUGAUGAUGACUACCGAUGUUACUGUCGCAACGGAUUUACAGGAUAUUCAUGUCAGAUCAACUGGGACGAAUGUUCCUCAAAUCCUUGUCAAAAUGGAGGAGAGUGUUUAGAUGGGAUUGCAUCGUUCAAUUGCUCGUGUCCUGAUAAUUUUACAGGUGCUCUGUGUCAGUAUGAUUUGUCAGCAUGCGACUGCCUCAACAAUGGCACAUGCACAAUAGUCGACGACUCAACUUCUGCAAAUUUAACAGGUGUAUUAGCUUGUUCCUGCCCAGCCGGCUUUUCAGGUUCGAAAUGUGAGCUGGACAUUUCUGUCUGCAAUACUACUGUUAAUGGGGUGUGUCUCAACGGGGGUCAGUGUCUGGAUGGGGUUGGAGAAAGCUUUCACUGCAACUGUGAGCCCGGAUGGGAAGGGCGAAUAUGUGAACGCCAAAUUGACAAUUGUUCCAGUGAACCCUGUUUAAAUGGUGCAAUCUGUGUAAAUAAGAUAAAUGAUUUUGGUUGUGCAUGUCCAUUUGGAUACACGGGGAAAACCUGUGAGAAAAAACUAAAAAUUUGUGAAGUAAAUCCUUGCAAGAAUGGUGCUUUCUGUUUACACGAGGACGAAGAUGAGUCUCCAGAAAAAAUCACAUGCUACUGUGUGCCUGACUAUUAUGGUCUUACGUGCGAAUUUAAAUAUGAUGAGUGCAGCCCUGGACCCAAAUGCUUCAAUGGUGGGACAUGUAUCGACGGCGUUGGAGGAUUUUCAUGUUCUUGUCCACCAAAUAUAUCAGGAAUUUUUUGUCACUGCACCUUAGAAAACAUGACGGACCCCUCCUGCGGUAAUGCUACAACAUUUGUUUCGGCGUCUGAAAUUAUUUAUCCGCAGCCAUCAACUCCUUCCUUUUCACUCGGACUGUCAACCCAAUUUCCUGGUCAGUCUGAACUGACGAGUGUAAUUGAAGGCACUUCAUCAUUAUUUUUAUCAACUGAACCAGUAUCAGAUCAUUACUCGGCCAUCGACUCAUCAAUACAGCUACUGGACUCUGCCAAAUCAUUUUUAACGUCCACAAUUAUUACUCCUUCGCUACAAACCUUGUCGGCAUUUACCGUUGAGUAUUCCAUCUCUUUGGAAGGCAGUGAAGGAUCGAUCACUCCUUCUUCUUUCAUGAGCUUAUUUCCUACUCCUAGAGUGACACCAUCAAUUUCAGAACCAGAUCUCACAGAAACAAUUCUGUCCAGCUCUGAAGACAUAAUGUCAGUUGGAGUUGUGUCCUCAUCCACUUAUCAGUCAGUAACUCAAGUACAUUCUGCUAGCGACUUUGUACUCUCCUCGUCUGUGAGAGUGGACGAAAUAAAACCAAGUGAAGAAAGCAUUCCGUCGCCAACUCCCACAACAAAUGAUGAAAUUGAAGAGAGUAGUAUUAGGACAACAUCACAAACAUCAUACUUUCCUAGCGUAUUACUGCUAACCACUGCCACUGCCCUUGAGCCAGGGAGCUUAACCAGUAGUAUUUCAGAUUCAGUACUAUUGACGACUAGAACAUUGCCAUCUUCAACAAAUGUCAUAUCUUCAGAAGAAAUAUCAGAGCCAACAAUUUCGUACGAGUUUUCUACGGUGGAAUUAGAAUCCGCAAUGUAUAGCUCGGAUUCUAUCCUUUCACUACCAUUAGCAUCAUCAUUGUUGUCUACAACUCACCAGACUCACCUUCCCGAACAAACUGUACUUUCUCCAACACUUAGCCAAGCAUUUCCAUUCACGACUGUUUUCCCUGACACUACAAUUGGCCAAUAUUCAUCAUCUACGCUGGAAAUUUCAGAAGAAUGGUCCACACACCUUAUUAUUUCUACGACUGCAUCAACAAGUCACACCAUGUCACUGCCACCUGAUACCGCAAUAAUCGAUCACUCACAAUCAGAUUAUGAAGCGCUGCUAAAUAGUUCUUCAACAACACUGCCCAUAAGUAUUGAAACUUCUACUAUACUGAUUGAUUACUCGUCAUCACAAGCGUUUAUUUCAGAGUCAUUGAGUGAUGUUCUCUUCGAAACUGGUAGUAUUCCAUUGUCCUUAUCGUCAUCCUAUUUCCCUCAGACCACAGUAACAACUAUUAUGCCAACAACCUCUGUCAGUUCAGAUCCUGAGGUCUCGUCUUCAUUUUAUCACCUCACAACGACACCAUACUCGACGACAACCACCACUCCCCCAAGCAUUACCAACGACUCGCACACUGAUCCAUGUCAAAACUUUUGUUUAAACAAUGGAAUAUGCAAAUCUGACUCUAUAGAACCUUCUUGUACUUGUACAUUUAAAUUCUCGGGCAGUCGUUGCGAGAAACCCAGAAAGAGAUUUGAAACCGUGUCAUUCACUGGCGACUCGUUCCUCGGGUACACAGUACCCAACGAUUCCAUUAACAAAAUAACUGUGAAAACGACUCUAGCCACCAAUGUUCCCGAUGGAAUCCUCUUUUUUAAGUCCAGCUCAUUGGGACGCUUGUACGCUUUAAUAUUUACUCAGGGAGGUCACAUCAGUCUCCAUUUUUCAUGUGGAGCUCAGUCAAUGCAUUUUGUGGAGACAAGAACGAGGAUCGACAAUGGUUACAAUUUCACCCUGGAGUUUAGCUUGGAGAUGUUGCUUCAACAGAGCUUAACUACCGACGAGAUUCAUUGCGUUGGCCAAGUUAGCGUGAACCAUUCCUAUGUUAUGCGGGGUGAACAAAUUGUGGGACAAAAUGAGCUGUAUGAGAACCCAAUCCAAUUUAUUUAUGUGGGAGGGGUGGACACAACAACUGGUUAUGAUGCAAGGAAAAGUGAUGACCUCAUCGGAAUAAUGCCGGGGUUUAAAGGAUGUCUUUAUAAUUUAAUGAUAAAUGAUGAGACCAAGGACCUGUUCGAGGAUGCUGUAGAUGGGAAAGAAGUUGCUGAAUGCUCUGCAUUUGGUUGUGUCACUAAUCCAUGUUUCGAUGGAUCUAAAUGUGUUCCGUGGAAUAAAUUUCCAUUCUGGCAAUGCAUAUGUUCUCCUGGAUUUCAAGGGGUUAGAUGUCAUAUUCGAGUUUGCGAUUCUAACCCUUGCCAGAACGGAGCUACAUGCACUUUUCUGCUUGAGGAAAGCAAUGAAAGUUCCAACUCUACAGAAAUUACUUCUCAUCAUCCUAAACACUGCCUCUGUCCCUUGGGAUAUACGGGUUCUCAGUGCCAAACGUUCCUAAAUGUCACAAAACCCUCAUUUAAGCCAAUUGGUUCUGACUAUUCCGCAUUCAUUGCAUACGAACCAAUUCCUCGUUUCGCAGAUUGGGUGCAAUUGAAAUUCCAUUUUGUCAUCUACAAUACUUCUCAAAUUGCCUUGUUGCUUUACUCUGGCUACACACAAAGCCUGAGCACAUCUGCCAUUUCAAAUCCAGAUGACCUCGACGCACUCACCGAGAUAUUAAAGGAUGGUAGUACCUCCACGCGAGAUGCUGAAUUACUAGCCACCGAUAGUAACAGUAAUAAUGAAAUUGGGACACAGAGAGUUUCCGACUUUUUUGCAAUCACGUAUGUAAAUGGGUACAUUGCGCUUACAUGGAACUUGGGCUCUGGGACGCAAAGAAUCAUUACACCGAGCAGAAUAGAAAAACGUUUAAAUGUACACACCUUAUUUGCUGGAAAAUCAGGAAGACAGUGUUGGCUGAAAGUGGAUGGAAUGAGGAACGUGACUGGGAAAUCGCCAGGCCCAUUCCAUCGACUGAAUGUUAACACUGAGCUUUUCCUAGGAGGAUAUGAUGCCUUUCGAUUUGAAGGAUUGCCGCACGAUUUGCCACUGCACAAAGGCUUUGAAGGUUGCAUUCUAGAUUUUGGCGUUCGUGUGAAGAAUCGGCUAUAUCUUCCAAAAGCAAUUCGAGGGAGAAAUAUUAAAAACUGUUACGAAGAAGACUGUUGAGUCGCUACAAAAUGAAACUGAAGGCAGAGAUUGCAGUUUUAUAUACAUGACAAUUAGUUUGUCAAAAAAUAUGCAAACUACCACAAUUUAAAAAAUGUUGUUGCCCAUUGAAUAGAACCAGGACAGAUAUGUACACGUUAAAUAGUAUAACAAUAACCCACUUUUUGUAUUUAUUCCAACCUACAUUUUACUGUAAAAGCGAAAUAAAUAUUACAUAAAUUACUCACAAUUAGUUCAAAUGCAUAAUACUCACAUUAAAAG